UGAGCUUAACAAAAAGCAUCUAAAAAAUUCUAUCUCUUCCCUUCCAUUCACACAUCUAGCAAUGGCAACAACAGACCAUGUUGAACAACAACACGAAGUCGUUGUAGUGGUGGUUCCUCUUCCUGCACAAGGCCAUCUCCACGCAGCCAUCGAACUCUCCCACCGUCUCUCCUCCGCCAACAUCCCCGUUUACUACGUCAGCACCGCCGCUCACGUCCGUCAAGCUCAGUCGCGUGCGGUAGGCUGGGAUCCACUGAAAACCAAAAAUCUCAACUUCAUUGAUUUUCCGGUGACAUUCGAGGUACCUCCUCCUAACCCAGAUGCAUCUAUCAAAUUCCCUUCUCAACUUGUCCCUGCUUUCAAUUCUUCUCUGCAACUGCGUAAUCCAGUUACAGAUCUGGUUAAUAAAUUGGCUUUAAUAUCAAGGAGAGUUGUUGUGGUUCAUGAUUUUCUUACGUCUUGGGUUGUUCAAGAUGUACCCAAAAUACCUAAUACAGAGUGUUACUGUUUACACACUGUUUCUGCUUUUCUUGUGUUUUCAUAUGUUUAUGAUGCUGCUAGACCACCUGUACCUCCUGAAGCUGAAGUUGUACUUAAACAACUUCCGUCUCUCGAUGGGUGUAAUUCUCCUGAACUCGAAGAAUUUGCUAAGAAGCAAAUAGGUGCAAGGAUUCAGGGUGCUGGGAAUAUUUUCAGUACAUCUCGAGUUAUCGAAGGAUUGUACAUUGAUUUACUGGAGAAGAUGAGUUUUUCUAAGGAUUUUAAGCAUUGGGCUCUUGGUCCAUUCAAUCCUGUAGAUCUGGAGUCUGUGAAGAAGGAAACCGCCAUCGAUCGCCAUUAUUCACUGGAGUGGCUCGACAAACAACCACCUAGCUCGGUGAUUUUCGUUUCCUUCGGAUCAACUACUUCGUUAUCCGAAGACGAAAUCAAAGAGCUAGCAAUUGGGCUGGAAGCGAGUCAGCAGAGGUUUAUCUGGGUCCUGAGGGACGCAGAUAAAGGAGAUAUAUUCUCCGGUGAAGUUCGAAAAUGUCAAUUGCCUGAAGGAUACGAGAAGAGAGUAUCGGAAAGAGGACUUGUAAUGAGAGAUUGGGCACCACAAUUGGAGAUUUUAGGACACCCAUCAACUGGUGGAUUCAUGAGUCAUUGUGGGUGGAAUUCUUGUAUGGAGAGUAUUUCCAUGGGAGUUCCAAUAGCAGCGUGGCCAAUGCACUCUGAUCAGCCUAGAAAUGCUCUGUUCAUAACUGAAGGACUGAAAACCGGGAUACCGGUGAGAAAAUGGGAGCAAAGAAAUGAAUUGGUUCCGGCAGAAACUGUUGAAAAAGUUGUAAGAACGUUAAUGGCCUCUCCGGAGGGAGAGGAGAUGAAACGGAAAGCUACAGAGCUCAAGGAAGCAGUGAAGUUGUCUGUGAAGGAGGGUGGGUUAACUCAGAAGGAACUCGAAUCUUUUGUUGCCCACAUCACUAGAUAGAUAUUUUUUUUUUCAUUUGUGAUGUUUGUGAUAGUUUGUGCGUACUAAAACCUUUUGUCGUGUAUUCAAAUAAGUAUUAAAUAACUCUAUCUAUCAA